AUGGAGGACGUCGCCUUCUUCAGCAAGAGUUCCGGACGCCGCUGGGCUGCCGCGAGUGCGAAGACGCUCGCGCGUCGCCGUCGGCGGCAAUAUCGUCAUGAAAUCGGACUUUCGCGUGCUCAGGCGCUGCAGCGGCGCUUGGUCCUGCUCCGCGUUGGACUUACCGCCCACUGGGACCUGAGCGACGCCAUCGGCGCCUGUGCUGACAGCAACUGGGUUCGGCACGCGCCACUACGCGACACGCCUGCCAUCCCCAAGAUGCCGAUCGGCAUCAGCCUGGUCAAUCUUGAGCUGUUCCGUGCCGCGUUAUACCACGGCCAGUACGACAUCGAGCAGAAGACCGUGGACGACCUGCUGGGUGCCCUGCUGUGUGAUGGCGAUGUUCCUCACCCUGGCGACCCUCAUGCUCCUGCAGAUGAGCCUUCUGUGCGCGCAGAUGUGCCUCAUCGGGAUGAUGAAGAAUAUUUCCUGGUGGUGCUUUUCCUGCUGAAGCGGUUCAUGGCGUUUCUCCUGCCGGCCUGCCUGAUGAGCUACCUGACGAUCCUGGGGCUCAUGGGCUACCUGAUUUUCCUGGUGGAGCCGCUCUUCCUGAGCUACCUGACGAUUCUGGCGGAGCCGCUCUUCCUGAUGAUGCUGAUCUUCGUCUUCCUGCUCGUAGGCGUGACCAAGAUCGAUGCGCUGAUCUUCAUGGCGUGGGCGGCGCUCGCUGGUGGACCGCCCGCCAGGCCAUCGCCGACGCGUGGCUGCUGCGCCCUGCUCGCGAUGAUCCUGUCCUCC